CAAAGGAAGAAAGUGCCACUAGCGAUCCUCCUCCAGCAUAUUCAGCAACGACAUACCCACCGCUAGUGAUGGUAUCUGGAGCACCACCAGCAGGCACUGUCUUUCCUCCAGGCUCCCAGGGCGUUCCAGCUUAUCCAGCCAACCCAGUGCAGCUGUCAGACCAGAACCAGAUUCCGUUCCAGGUGCUUCAGCAGCAGCAGCAGGACCACCAGCAGCAGCAGCUUCAGGCCUUGUGGGCUGAGCAGAUGGCCGAGAUCGAGCAGAUGUCUGAGUUCAAGCUCCACAGCCUUCCCCUCGCGAGGAUCAAGAGGAUCAUGAAGGCUGACGAGGACGUCCGCAUGAUCGCUGGUGAGGCGCCAGCAGUCUUCGCGAAGGCCUGUGAGAUGUUCAUCCUAGAGCUGACGCUGAGGGGAUGGUUCCACGCCCAGGAGAAGAAGAGGAGGACACUGCAGUUGAAUGACAUCGCCGCGGCGGUUGCUAGGACCGACAUCUUUGAUUUCUUGCUGGACAUCAUGCCCGAGGAUGCGCUGAAGGAGAAUGGCAUUGGGUUGCAGCCGGCGACAAUGCAGGCUAUGGUCCCGUCCUAUGCCCUGGGGAUGUAUGGGAACCAGCAGCCUGUGCCAUUUGCUUGGUCACAGCCAGAGCAGCAGCAGCAACAACAGCAGCCUUACAACGGUGGACAAGAUGAAGGAGCAUAGCUGAAACGGGAUGUGGGGUUAGUGGCCGAAUGUGGUUGACUCAUUCUGCAAGCGACAGCUAGUUACUGGAUUUAAGGUGUUUCGCAUGGAACUUUUGUAGAAAGUGCCCUUUUACAUGCUUAUUUCCUGUCUUUCGUUAGUGGUACUGGUAGUAGGACAACUCAACAUCAGCCAUACCACAUGAAUUUCUAUGUUA